GUUGUAGUGAGUGACAGAGACGGAGGGCUUCCAAUGCUAAGCAGCGUCUAACCACAUAAAGCAGAGGCGACUUGCUACAUUUCCUGGAGCUUGAAAUCGUCUUUAGUCGUCUAUCCAACAUUAUUUUCCACCUCUGUGGAAGCUUCGUUUUCUGGUCUGRUUAAUUCUGUAAAGCCCUUCACUGCAGAAACUGACCCAACGCCGCCGCCGCUUCUUGCUGCUGCGAGAGAAGAAAAACAAGCUCGGCGAGCGGUGUGCUAAGCUGUGUGAUCAUUGACAGAGUUCAAUACACACAAGCUUCGAGUGAUAARUGGUCGGAACGUUGUGCUUCGUGGCUCCGAGGUCCAUUAAGAGACCACGGCUGGGAAUAUUUUUACCCCACAAGUCGAGGUAUUACACAGUGUAGGUUUUAAUUUGAGCCACAGCCAGGGACUUGACCAGGAAGAGCAGUUUCCAUCAGCUUGUCUGCAGCCCCCUACCUACCCCAACAGUCUUCUGCCCCAGCAUGAAUGAAGUCAGUGUUGUUAGAGAGGGAUGGCUCCAAAAGAGAGGUGAAUACAUCAAAACAUGGCGGCCUCGUUACUUCAUCCUAAAGAGCGAUGGGUCCUUUAUCGGAUACAAAGACAAGCCUGAGGUGUCCAGUGACCUCAGCCAGCCGCCACUCAAUAACUUCUCUGUCGCAGAGUGCCAGCUGAUGAAGACGGAACGCCCCAGACCCAACACGUUCGUCAUCCGGUGUCUGCAGUGGACCUCGGUUAUUGAGCGGACCUUUCACGUAGACACCAAGGAGGAGAGGGAGGAAUGGAUGAGAGCGAUCCAGGCAGUGACAAACAGCCUGAAGAGUCAGCAGCAGGACGAGGAACCCAUGGAGAUCAAAUUUGGCUCGCCGAGCGACAGCAGCGGCGCAGAGGAGAUGGAGAUCGCUGUGUCUAAAUCCCGUUCAAAAGUGACCAUGAUUGAUUUUGACUACUUGAAGCUGUUGGGCAAAGGGACUUUUGGCAAAGUGAUCCUGGUGAAGGAGAAAGCCACGGGGAUGUACUACGCCAUGAAAAUCCUUCGCAAAGAAGUCAUCAUUGCUAAAGAUGAGGUGGCACACACAGUCACAGAGAGCAGAGUUCUCCAAAACACGAGACAUCCCUUCCUAACGACACUAAAYUAUGCAUUUCAAACAAACGACCGGUUAUGCUUUGUGAUGGAGUACGCAAAUGGAGGAGAACUCUUCUUUCACUUAUCCCGGGACAGAGUAUUCACUGAAGAUAGAGCACGAUUCUAUGGUGCAGAAAUAGUGUCAGCACUGGAGUACCUACAUUCACGCAAUGUCGUUUACAGGGACUUAAAGCUCGAGAACCUCAUGUUAGACAAAGAUGGUCACAUAAAGAUAACAGACUUUGGGCUGUGUAAAGAGGGCAUCACCGACGGCGCCACCAUGAAAACCUUCUGUGGAACUCCAGAGUACCUGGCACCAGAGGUGCUGGAGGACAAUGAUUAUGGACGUGCAGUAGACUGGUGGGGACUGGGAGUGGUGAUGUAUGAGAUGAUGUGCGGCCGGUUGCCGUUCUACAACCAGGACCACGAGCGCCUGUUUGAGCUCAUCCUGAUGGAGGAGAUCCGUUUCCCAAAGAGCCUGGCCCCAGAAGGCAAGGCCCUGCUGGCAGGCCUGCUUAAAAAAGAUCCCAAACAAAGGCUCGGAGGCGGACCAGACGAUGCCAAAGAAGUGAUGACCCACAAGUUUUUCACCCCCAUCAACUGGCAGGACGUUAUUGAGAAAAAGCUUAUUCCACCCUUCAAGCCGCAGGUCACAUCAGAGACAGACACUCGUUACUUUGACGACGAGUUCACGGCACAAUCCAUCACAAUAACCCCUCCAGACAAAU